AAUAAUGGAUGUCGCUAUACGUUAAAAGAAACAAGCAAUAUUGGGACCGUGAUGGGUCAGGAAGCUGGCAAGCCAGCCUGGCCCAAACCACCUGGUGGACAUCAGACAAUCACAGGAAGGCGAUACGGCAGGAGGCAUGCAUAUGUUAGCUUCCGUCCAACCUCUGCCAAGCACAGGAACCCAGCCAGCGUGGAGGAUUGGCCCGAUACGGAAAUGGACGGUGUCCGUAGAGCGCAUUCCAUAUCUUCAAAAGGAAACAUCUCCUCGAUGCUUCACGCCAUCUUUCCUGUCUCAUCGAAUUCGGUUCACCCAGAGGUGAAAAUCAAAUCUGGCAAAGAUCCUCCCCACAAGAAACAGUCAACUUCUAGGCAGUCAUCGGAAGCCCACUCCAUCCCCUACAAAAAGAGUGACCAACCUGUAGCCUCAGACCAGGACCAAAAUGGUGUCUCGAAGAAAAGUGCAGAAGCUAGUGCAUGGCCUAUCCCCGAGGACGAGGACAGCAACCCUUCUAAUUCCAGCAUAUUGAGCAUUGUAAAUAUUGAUGCUUACGAGCCGGACAGUAGUGGCGGCGAGGAGGAGGGGGGACAGGGUUCCGACGCGUCUCACGGUCUCCAGAAAAGACUGGAUGACAUGAUCUUCGAGCUGGGUAAAGAGUUUGACUAUCUCAGCAGUUUGCACUCGUAUUUGUACACACAAUCUAGUGAAGGGACGACAGACUGUUCCCUCAGAGACACUGAGUCAGUGAAAGAUUCUAGAACAGAUCCUAGAUCAGAUUCUAACACAGAAGAAAUCCCUCUUGAGUGGAAUAUAUCAGAACACAACAGAACAGAUCACCUGGAAAUCAGCACUGAGUUCCGAACACCAGAGAACCUAGCAACUGUUGGCCCCAAAGGUCCUGCUGAGUUGGGGAACGACGACCAGAGGGGGACCCAGUCAGAGAUGGUGGUUAGGCCCAAAAUUCGUAAGCAGACUAGUGAAACACACCUGGAGAAGUGGAAGAGUUCUCAUGGCGAGGAGGCACACUGUGGCUCAGCCAAACAGGCCAGCAAGACCAAGUGUGUGUCCGCACCGCCAUUCUUCCUGACACAAACGGAAAGGCCAAACCAGGAGUUUCUCUUUGAUUACCCUCCGACUGAUUCAUACAGGCUUAGCCCUAUCGAGAGGAGGGGUGAAUAUGGAGAAGCAGGUAGCAAAUGUAUUUCUGAUGAUGAAAAGGACAUCUGGGAAGAGCUGGAGGACUCCAAUGAGACGGGUGUUCCUUUCAUGAAGGCUGAGGAAAGCUCAGAGUGCAGUGAGGGGGAGUGGUCAGCCUUGUGGACGUCGGACUCUGGCCUGGAGAAGGAGCGUGGCUCCAGUCAGGAGAGCUGGGUGACGCUGCGCCUGGACGAACUGCACAGCAGCAGUCUUGAGGAUGUCCCCGAGCUCAGCCUGCCCCCUGAGGAGCCGACCCCUCUGGAGGAGGGAGAGAUACCGUGGUUGAUGUACAACGAGGAGACGGGCAGCAGUAGUGACGAAGACCCAGAUGGCAUGAGUCACUUUGUCCACCCAGGCCUCUUCAUCCUGGAUGGGAACAACAACCUGGAGGAUGACUCCAGCUUGAGCGAGGACCUGGACGCUGAGUGGAGGUUGCUAGAUGACUUUGGAGAGGGCUUUGGGAUGGCCCAGGCUAUCUCCUAUGUGGAUCCUCAGCUCCUCACAUACAUGGCUCUUGAAGAGCGUCUGGCCCAAGCUAUGGAGGCAGCUCUAGCCCACCUGGAGUCCCUGGCCAUUGAUGUGGAGCAGGCCCAUCCUCCGGCUACAGAACAGAUUAUAGAGUGUCUGCCUCAGAUCCCCAUAUUGGAGGACCCCACUGGUCAGGAACAUUGCUGUGCCAUCUGCUGUGGUGAGUACGUCAAAGACGAGAUUGCAACCCAGCUGCCGUGCCACCACAUGUUCCACAAGAUCUGUGUGACUCUCUGGCUCCAAAAGUCUGGGACUUGCCCUGUCUGUCGUCACAUACUGUCGCCUGUUGUCAUGGAGACCACUGCUAACACCUCGUUUGUGUCGGAUCAGGACAUCCCACCGUCCAAUCACAGCGCAGCCGGAAUGCGGUGAAUCCACUGGUUACCAAUCAACAGCCAGAAAAAAGGCCUGUAACGCUUCAAUGAAAAAUAAUUCUUAUUACUUUUUCUUUCAUUGUCGCUCUCUGCAAUGUAACUCUAUGAAUGAGAUUGAAUUAGUUCUGCACAUGUAAACAAGUUCAAGAUCUAUGUCUGAGAGACAGUUCAGGCUUAUUUUCUGAGAAAAUAUUAUCUGUAUAAUGUCAAGUCUUUGUUACGAAUGUAUGUUUUAAUGAAGGAUAUGAAAUUAGGAAAUUGCAAUUUUUGUUUAUCCUAGAUUUUUGUUAAAGCAUUUAAGAUUUUACUUGCACAUUUUUUUUAAAUACAGAUGAAAGCAUUGCUUAUGUCCCUCACAUUGUACUAACUUCAAAAUCAUUUUGGUUCCCAUGUUCAAUAAAGGCUGUAGUGUGGGUAAGUCUUGAACUAUCAAAA